AUGUCUGGCCGCGGCAAAGGUGGGAAAGGUCUGGGCAAAGGAGGCGCUAAGCGCCACCGCAAAGUCCUGCGCGACAAUAUUCAGGGCAUCACCAAGCCAGCCAUCCGACGCCUGGCACGGCGUGGAGGCGUUAAGCGCAUCUCAGGCCUUAUAUACGAGGAGACGCGCGGAGUUCUUAAGGUGUUUUUGGAGAAUGUGAUCCGCGAUGCAGUUACCUACACGGAGCAUGCCAAACGCAAGACAGUCACGGCCAUGGAUGUGGUUUACGCGCUCAAGCGCCAGGGUCGCACCCUCUAUGGUUUUGGCGCUAUCAAAACCAUUUUACGUUUCUUGACCCAAAGCAGAGGCGGAAUGUCUCCCUUUCACUGGCAGAUUAAACUGGGAGCCAAUUCGUGUGCCUACUUGGCAAUGGCACGGACAAAGCAGACAGCUCGCAAGUCCACCGGCGGCAAAGCGCCGCGCAAGCAGCUGGCCACCAAGGCGGCUCGCAAGAGUGCUCCGGCCACCGGUGGAGUCAAGAAGCCCCAUCGCUACCGCCCGGGCACCGUGGCUCUGCGCGAGAUCCGCCGCUACCAGAAGUCCACUGAGCUGCUAAUCCGGAAGCUACCUUUUCAGCGCUUGGUACGGGAGAUCGCACAGGACUUUAAGACUGACCUGCGCUUCCAGAGCUCGGCGGUGAUGGCGCUGCAAGAGGCUUGCGAGGCCUACCUGGUGGGGCUAUUUGAGGACACCAACCUGCGUUGUGUGCGACUUGUCUUGCUUAUCAUGUCUGGCCGCGGCAAAGGCGGGAAGGGUCUUGGCAAAGGCGGCGCUAAGCGCCACCGCAAGGUACUGCGUGACAAUAUUCAGGGCAUCACCAAGCCGGCCAUCCGGCGCCUUGCUCGCCGCGGCGGCGUGAAGCGCAUAUCCGGCCUCAUCUACGAGGAGACCCGCGGGGUGCUGAAGGUCUUUCUGGAGAAUGUGAUCCGCGACGCUGUGACCUACACGGAGCACGCCAAGCGCAAGACGGUCACCGCCAUGGAUGUGGUUUACGCGCUGAAGCGCCAGGGUCGCACCCUCUACGGUUUCGGUGGCUGAGCGUCAUUUUCUAACAAUAAAAGGCCCUUUUCAGGGCCCCC